CAACCAUAUUUUUAUUUGUUUUAUGUAUUAUAUUAACCACCACCGGUAGUCCCCUCAUUUGUCACUACCAUUUUUCAUUUCCGUUCGGUGCUCUUUCCUUUCCCGAUGGCUCUCCGAUCAGUAUUGAGUAGAAAAGGCCUGGGGCUAGGGUUCGCUCAGCUCCGCGGUCUGCAGACCUUCUCGCUGCCCGACCUUCCGUACGCCUACGGGGCGCUGGAGCCGGCUAUCAGCGGCGAGAUCAUGCAGCUCCAUCACCAGAAGCACCACCAGGCUUACAUUACCAACUACAACAAGGCUCUCGAGCAGCUACAAGACGCCGUGGCCAAGGGCGACUCCGCCGCCGUCGUCAAAUUGCAGAGCGCCAUUAAGUUUAAUGGCGGAGGUCAUAUCAACCACUCGAUUUUCUGGAAGAAUCUUACUCCUGUUCAUGAAGGAGGCGGUGAGCCCCCAAAGGGCUCCCUAGGUUGGGCUAUUGAUACUCAUUUUGGUUCACUGGAAACACUCGUGCAAAAGAUCAACUCAGAAGCUGCUGCGUUACAGGGCUCUGGAUGGGUGUGGCUUGGUCUGGACAAGGAGUUGAAGAAGCUUGUGGUUGAAACCACUGCAAAUCAGGACCCACUGGUAACUAAAGGACCAAAUUUAGUUCCAUUGCUUGGUAUUGAUGUUUGGGAGCACGCGUACUAUUUGCAGUACAAGAAUGUCAGACCAGAUUAUCUAAAGAACAUAUGGAAAGUUAUCAAUUGGCAUUAUGCCAAUGAAGUUUAUGAGAAAGAAUCCGAGUGAAGUAUAUGAGAAAGAUGGGUUUCGAGAGGAAGGCUUUGUGGUUUGUCUGGCUAGUGGAAUAAAAUGACAUGUCACAUCAGUGAGAAACCCUGUUUCUGUUGAGGUGUUUGAUUUCCGGUGUAUCUCAUGUAUGAGAAUCGAAUUAAAUUGAGCUAUAUACUCUUUGUAGCUUUAUGCAUAUUUGGGAAUGUGAAAAAAAUACUUUUUUACACAA